CGAUCCUCUGGCUCCAUAAGAAAUCUAUUUCUGUUAGUGUUAUUUUUAUUCCAUCCUUGUUUAUUCUUUAACCUUCUGUUGUUCCCAGACAGUCCCAAACCUCCCCCAAAACGGGUGACGCUCACACUACAUGUGUUGAAUAAGGCCAGACACGUGUUUUUCAUCGUCACGGGAGCAGACAAAGCGGAGGCUGUUGCGGUGAGUCUCACACGUGAACAAUAUACGAAUGCCCACCGCUUCUGCUGUAGCCAGCCCGGCCUGGAUAAUCGCCCACGAACUUUGUACAGAGGUCGGAAAACCUCAGAUACGUCCACAGUGUGA